AUGGAGGGAAAUUUUUUGGAGGGAAAGUAUCGGAGACUAAGCUCACAACCAGAACCAGGCGAUUUGGUGAAGAAGAAGAUCAAAGAGUUUACUCGAGCUGUAAUUAAAGAUCUCUGCAAAGGACGCUCUCCUGUCAUUUCCAUCGAUCGGUUCAGUAGCUACUGCACGAAUUCCGAUUCUAUCUGUUGCUGUAGCUCUGAUUUUCCCAAUGGGAGGGAAAUUCUUACAUUUAAGAGGGAAAACCACGUGCAUAGAAUUGAUGUUCUGCUGAGGGUUCUGUUGAUCGUGCAGAAAAUUUUGCAAGAAAAUAAACAUGGUUCCAAAAGAGAUAUAUAUUACAUGCACCCAGCUGUAUUUUCAGACCAGUCAGUUGUAGACCGGGCAAUCAAUGACAUAUGCAUCCUUAUGCGGUGCAGUAGACACAAUUUAAAUGUGGUUUCUGUGGGAAAUGGGUUGGUGAUGGGAUGGCUAAGGUUCUCAGAAUCUCAAAAGAUAUUUGAUUGCAUAAAUAGGCCAAGCAUGGCUCACCCAAUUCCUGUUCACGUUGAAGAAGUUAAAGAUGUAGUUAGUGUUGCCCAAUGCAUUCUUGUUGUGGAGAAAGAAUCAGUGUUCCAACGAUUGGCAAAUGACCAAUUCUGCAGCAAAAACCGUUGCAUUGUUAUCACGGGACGAGGUUAUCCUGAUAUUCCUACGAGAAGGUUUUUGCGUCUGCUUAUUGAUACUCUGCAUCUCCCGGCAUAUUGCUUGGUAGAUUGUGAUCCUUAUGGUUUUGACAUUCUGUCUACAUAUCGAUUUGGUUCGAUGCAAAUGGCAUACGAUGCAAAAAAUUUAAGGGUCCCAGAGAUAAAAUGGCUCGGAGUUUUUCCUUCAGAUUCUGACAAGUAUUGUAUUCCAAACCAAUGCUUUCUUCCUUUGACAGCAGAAGACAAAAGGAAAACUGAAGCCAUGUUACACAGAUGCUACCUACGAAGAGAGGUGCCGCAAUGGAGACUGGAGCUAGAGGUGAUGCUGCAAAGAGGAGUGAAGUUUGAGAUAGAAGCAUUAUCUGUGCGUGCAUUGUCCUUCUUAUCAGAGGAGUACAUACCAUCCAAAAUUCAAGGUGAGUUCUACAUCUAAUCUUUUGAAAAUUCUAUGUAUUUGUUAAGUAAGAGCCUAAAUAGUUUAGUUGAUGGGCUGUCUGCAAGCGGCUCUUGCAUGUUGUCUACUUAGCAAUUAAUAUAGGUUAGGCAAGGUUUUUCAAUUUUGAACUUGGAACAUGUUAAAAUCGAGUUUGGGGGAUUUGUUAGUAUUAAAAAAAACAGUAUUGGGAAAUGAUCACUGUAAUAGUGUAAUUAUCCUUCGAUUUGAAAAAUGAGAGAAAAUCGAAAAUAAAACAUUCUGGAUUUUUAUCUUCAUUAUUGCUAAAUUUUGAUGAAAUG